AUGGCGAUGAAUUUCGUCACCUUCAAUCAGGACUAUAGCUAUUUAGCUGUCGGUACCUCGAAAGGUUUUCGUAUAUUUACCACUGAUCCUUUCGCGAAGAGCUAUGAAACGAAAGAAGGAAACAUCGCGAUUCUAGAAAUGCUUUUCUCAACCUCCCUUGUCGCCCUUAUCCUCUCCCCUCGUCGGUUACAGAUUACAAACACCAAGAGACAAUCGACGAUAUGCGAAUUGACCUUUCCUACUACAGUUCUCGCCGUCCGUUUGAAUCGGAAACGAUUAGUCAUUGUUCUGGAGGACCAGAUCUACCUUUAUGAUAUCCAAACAAUGAAACUUCUUUACACUAUUGAGACUUCGCCAAAUCCGAACGCCAUUUGUGCACUCUCCCCUUCCUCGGAAAACUGCUACCUUGCCUAUCCUCUUCCGCAGAAGGCUCCUCCAUCAUCAUUCACGCCGCCUUCACACGCUCCACCCAGCAGCGCGCACAUCUCACCGACUAGCGGCGAAGUUCUUAUUUUCGACACGCUAAAGCUCGAAGCGAUUAACGUCGUUGAGGCCCAUAAGUCUCCCUUGUCGUGCCUCGCAAUAAAUACGGAAGGUACCCUGUUGGCUACAGCCUCCGACAAAGGAACUAUUAUCCGGGUGUUUUCUGUCCCUGACGCGCAAAAGUUAUACCAAUUCCGAAGGGGCUCUAUGCCAUCUCGAAUAUUUAGCAUGUCUUUCAAUAUCACAUCCACUCUUCUUUGUGUUUCUUCAGCAACCGAAACAAUCCAUAUUUUCAAACUAGGCCACCAAGACCCUUCAGAAGAUCUUCCCACUUCCCCGAUUGGCACUGAUUCCCGAAAAAUUACUAAUACUACUCGGGAAAGAGCAUUCAGUCAGGAUUCUAGCACUUUAUCAGGUGGGGACAAUUCACCUACGGACGGUGACCCCAGUGACAUUAGCUCUCGAAAGCAUAAUGGUACACUUAUGGGCAUGAUUCGCCGGACCUCACAAAACGUAGGCAAUUCGUUCGCAGCGACUGUUGGUGGUUAUUUGCCAAAGGGGGUCACAGAGAUAUGGGAGCCGGCAAGGGAUUUUGCUUGGAUCAGGCUUCCCAAAACAGCGGGGUAUGGUGGCCCCGGUUCUAACACUGGACCCGUGCGAAGCGUAGUUGCUAUGAGCAGUAACACUCCCCAGGUCAUGGUGGUCACUAGUGAUGGUAAUUUUUAUGUGUAUAACGUUGAUUUAUCGAAAGGCGGAGAGGGUACGCUCACAAAACAAUACUCGGUGCUCGACUCCAGCGACAAACUUGGCUCCGCCGGAAUGGAUUAUUUUUAACGUAUGUAGUUCUUUCUCUGCUUAUAUUAUAUGACAUCUUACGAAUUAUUUCCAUUAUGUCACCCUGUGAAGUCAGAAAUCUUGAUAUCCAUGCACGAUAAAGCUUUUGUUGCAUCACAAUCGAAUGGAUUGUCAAGCUGGAAUUCAGCCGGAGGUGUUUGCUCUCCACCAAGGCGUAGCUAACGAUAAAUAUGUAAUGUUGAAACGAACAAGCUCGGCGAUUCACAAAAGACAGGAGUUCAAGUAAACUCUUGCGAGUAUUGUUGAUUUGAUAGAGGAUGUCGUGCAGCGUCCCUCAUUUCUAAGGCCAUUCUGCUUUAACCUGUCCUAUAAUCUCUACUUAUUGUCUCUUCCCUACUCUUCUGCACAUUAUUCCAGCAAUAACUACCUUGUCUGUUACUCAUCCGCCAGGUGUAGAUGCCCCGGCCAAGCGGGCCUAUUUUUCGAACUGCCCAAUUAUAGAGUAAAAAGAUAGCAUUUUACAAUCCAAAUAUCUUUAUCU